AUGGCUAAUCAACGACUUACAACUGGUUCUCUCUUACGAUAUUUACGUGGUAAUACUACAGAAAAGGCAACAUUACAAGUUGUCGGUAUUAAAACAAUUGAUAGUAAAACAGACGAUCCAUCGGGUGCUUCGAAACGUUAUCGUCUUAUGUUAUCUGAUGGAAAAGCUACAUUUUCAUCAUGUAUGCUUGGUACUCAAAUGAAUAAAUUAAUUGAAACAAAUUCAUUAAAAGAAAAUUCUAUUGUACGCAUCGAUCGUGUCAUGGUUAAUUCAAUUGAUAAACAAAAUGGACGAGUUAUGCUGAUGCUUUAUGAGCUUGAAGUAUUACAAAGUGAUUGUGAACGAAUUGGAGAUCCAGUUGCAUUACCAUUAACUGAUAUUAUUAAUAAUAAUGGUAAUGGUACAAAUCGUUUAGAAACAGUGAAUAAUAAUCAAGCACAAGCACCUCCUCCAGCUGCUGCAGCACCUCCUCCAGCUACUAAUGUCAUUCGACAAGGUUCUAAAGCAUUACCAACAUUAGAUAAUCAAAAAAAACCUAAUGGUGAUAAUCGUUUUGCUGCAAAAGGAGGAGGCGGCAACAAUACUAUUGAUAAAGAACGAAUUAUAAAUAUCGAUACACUUAAUCCAUAUAUGAAUAAAUGGACUAUUAAAGCUCGUGUAAGUAAUAAAGGUCAAAUUCGAAAUUAUGAAAAUGCACGUGGUCCAGGAAAAUUAUUCAGUUGUGAUCUUGUUGAUCAAUCAGGUGAAAUUCGUGCUACAGCAUUUAAUGCCGAAUGUGAUAAAUUCCAUUCAAUGCUUGAAAUGGGUGAAGUUUAUUAUAUUGCUAAAGCAUCAUUAAAAGCAGCUAAUCGUCAAUUUAAUACGACAAAUAAUGAUUAUGAAAUGACAUUUAAUCAUGAUACAAUUAUCGAAGCUUGUGAUGCUGGUGAAGGAGAAAAUAUUCCACAAGUACAAUUUAAUUUUAUUCCAAUUAGUGAAGUAGCAAAUCGAACCGCUAAUACUACUUGCGAUGUUAUUGGUGUUGUUAAGAGCACAUCGGAUAUGCAAACAAUCGUUAGUAAAGCAUCCCAAAAAGAAUUUACUAAACGUGAGUUACUUUUGGUUGAUGAAAAAGCUUCAAUUUCUGUAACAUUAUGGGGUCAACAAGCUGAAGAAUUCGAUGGUUCAUCACAUCCAGUUAUUGCUUUUAAAGGAAUUAAAAUUGGCGAUUUUAACGGUCGUACUUUAUCAUGUUUUAAUAAUACAUUAAUCCGUCACGAUCCAACUGAAACACAACGAACAGUUGAACUUCGUGUUUGGUAUGAUAAUGAAGGAAAAUCAAUGGAUUUACCAGAUUUAUCAAAGGGAGCUGAUGCAGGAAAUCGACCAACUGCUGUAAAAACACUAGCUCAAAUUAUAGCCGAAGGUCUUGGUCUUGGUGAUAAACCUGAUUAUGUUAGUGUUAAAGCUAUGAGUACAUUAAUGAAAAAAGAUCAAGCUGUUUAUAUGAUGUGUCCUGAAGAAAGAUGUGGUAAAAAAGUUGUCGAUGAAAAUAAUGGAUCAUAUCGAUGUGAAAAAUGUAAUAAGACUUACAAUAAUUUCAAAUGGGCUUAUAUGGUUUCGGCUGAAAUUUCUGAUACAACUGGUGCACAAUGGAUAACUGUAUUUCGUAAUGAAGCUGAAGCAUUACUUGGUCUUACUGCAGAAGAAUUUGGUGCUCAUAAACUUAAUCAAAGUGAAAGUAUUAUCGAAGAAAUUGUUCGAAAAGCUAUGAAUCAUGAACGUAUAUUUAAACUUCGUGCUAAAGCUGAACAAUACAAUGAUGAACGAAAAAUUAAAUUUACAUGUGUUGGUAUUAGUGAUAUUGAUUGGUCAUCCCAUGGACGACGAUUACUUGAUGAAAUCAAACAAAUGGAACCUGUACAAAAUUAA